GCUUCGCUUGUCGAUGGCGGCUGUGCGCGUUCUCGUGAAAACUGUUACGGCGCGUCUGUAACGACUACUGGUGCGAAAAGUGUAAAUUUGGCUUCGUUGUUUGUUAGGCGCAUCGCCGAGUCCUUGUGAGUGCAUAGGAAUGUUCGGCACUCCUGCGAAACCAACGGGCUUCACCGGAUUUGGCACACCUACGACUACUGCAGCAACAUUCGGGACCGGCACGCCCGGGGUUGGCUUUGGUGCAACACCGGCAGCAGGGAGCACACCUGCAGCCAGUGGGUUCAACAUGACGUUCGGACAGCCUGCGACUACAGCCACACCUGGCACGGGGCUAACAUUUGGCCAACCUGCUGCGCCCGCCGGCACAGCGGCUACGACAACUACGGCAUUUUCAUUUGGCCAGCCGGUUGCCGGUACUGGGUUUGGAUUCGGCGCUCAACCAAGCACAGCAGCACCGACGUUUAAUUUUGGCGGCACCACAACGACUACAACAGCUCCAACAUUCUCAUUUGGGGCUGCGACAACAACGGCUGGUAGCACUGGCUUUCAGUUUGGAGGGUUUGGUGCUAACACGACCACAACGCAAAGCAACCCCUUUGGAAGCACUUCGCUAGUUUCGACAGGAUUCGGCACCAGUGCGGUUCCCUCGUUUGGCGGUGCUGCCCCUGCGGCCGGUACCACGGCGGCAGCUGCCAGCAACCUCACCAACUUGGCAACAGCAUUGUCGCUGCCCACUGUGUUCAACGAUGAGCGGGACAACAUUUUGGCCAAGUGGAAUCAGCUACAGGCAUUCUGGGGCACCGGCAAGGGUUUCUUCUCUGCAACAGCACCUCCGGUGGUAUUCACUACCGAGAACCCCUUCUGCCGAUUCAAGGCUAUCGGCUAUAGCCGGCUGCCGCAAGCCAAGCCAGAGGAUGGCCUGCUAGCACUACUGUUUGAGAAGAAGCUGGAAGAUGUGCAACCAAUGCAGGCGCAGCUGGUGGAGGGCCUUCAGCGCGCAUUGGGCAACAAACCAAACGUCGCUGUCUGUGUUGAAGGUCUCAAGAGCCUCGAGGCCAACAGGUGCGAGCUGGUUGUGUACGUAAUGGAGCGCGCUCCAACGGGACAAACACGACGGUUUCCCUCGAACGAAGUGGUGUCUUACCUGGAACAGGCAACCGUGAAGCCCCAGUUGACCAACAUGGGAGUGCACUCAGUAAUCUCCAAGGCAGCAGCCACCAAGGACUGGCUAAAGGCCUACCUUAGCAGCCCGCCCUGUGGCAUAGAUUCAUUGCUGUGGGAGCAGGCCAAGCUGGACAACCCAGACCCGGAGCGACUCAUCCCCGUGCCAAUGAUUGGCUUUGCUGAGCUCCGCCGUCGCUUCAAGCUUCAGGAGCACGAGAUCAAGCAACACCAGUGUCGGCUAGACGCAAUUGCUGAGGAUAUCUCUAAGCUCCAAAUUCAGCACUCCAAUAUGAUAGCGAAAAUCGAAGAGCACAAGAGGAAGCAACAGAAUCUGUACCACAGGAUACUCAAGGUCAUGGUUCACCACGAAGUCAGCCGCAAGAUGGGCUUCGCAAUACAGCCAGAAGAGGAGCAGCUGCGAACAAAGCUGGAGUCCAUCCUGGCUGAACUCAGCGCACCGACACAAUUCAGGGGCCGCCUGAAUGAGUUGAUGUCGCAGAUCAAGCUGCAGAACAACCAGAUGACAUUCACUGACACGACGAUACACUGCAGCCUUGAUCCCAAUUCGCUGAGUCAGCUCAAAGAGCACCUGCACAAUCAGCAGAAGGGCAUCUUUGAGUUGGUGAAAAUUAUCAAGGGCGAUCUCGAAGAACUGAAGGAAAUGGAAAGCAGUCUCCAAGGGACGGCUGCUCCAAGAAGAUAGCACAACGAACGAAUAGGGGAUAGCCAAGAUUCCGAAUUUCGAGACACUAUCGUGCCGUGUACUGCCACGGGAAAAAUAACAUCGCAGCCUGUGUAUCAGUUGGGCGAUGUAAUCCUUUCCGUGAUAUUGUGCUCUGCGGCAAAGCGUCAUGCCAGAAAGAUUCCCAAUACAAUUCUGCGAUAUAUCCCCUCUGGGUGUCAUGGUUUGCUGUGUAAAUUCUGAAGAUGAAGCUAAUAUUUUUUGUAGCAGCAGCAAUGUAAAUUGUAAAAUAAGGUAAAGUGGGCACCUGCUGCCUUGCAGUUGCCAAGCCGGCUGUCGUGCAUAAUUGUGCAGUAAACAUUUUUUCUCUUUUUCUUGUUCGCUGUUGUGUGUCAUUAAUACACAUGUUUGCUUCCACAUCUGUAUUGCUUUAAUCUCUCAGUGGGAAAUUUUUACAGCUGCACAAGUGGUGCAACUCUAAACUGACAAACUGGAUAAUGGAAGCUGCAUAGCACGGAGCAGGGGUGUCAAUCACAGCCAUCGUUGCAAUGUGCUAUGGGCUGUAAAACAGUGCUCAUUGUUGUUACUACUUGUGUGUUUUCUAGCAUGUCAUUACUGAAUAAUGUUGCCUUGAAAAUUGCCAGGUGUCCUUGUGUUGGUGACACACAAACUUGAAAGCUGCCCAGAUGUAAGAUUCUGCACAACAUUAUUUCAUGCAAUGAGUUGAGGUUGAGAGCAAAUUCUGGUGAUGUUCAGAAUGCCUAGAAUAAUUUUUAACAGCUUUUGUUUGAAGUGGGUUUUAAGCCGAAGGUGAUCUUUUGAAUAAUUUUGCAUUCAGUGGUUCAAAUAGUAUGUAUCGCAUAUAGAGAAAAGUGAAAAUUCUUGUCAGGGCUCACCCAACUUACACACUGUUUUUACAACUGAAAAGGCAUCUGCAAAUUUCACUUUUAAGAAGAGCAUCUUGAGCUUUACAGAAACUCUGUGGGCUGUGUACAAAAAUUACCAUCAUGAACAGGUAUGUGCCCUCCCUAUGCUCUCUUUCAUCACUCCCAGAACAUGUGCGCUUAUUAACUUGAUAAUGUUAAAGAGCUAAUUUUGCAGAAAUACUGCCGUUGUACAUUGUGAUUGAAAAAUCGAGAAUGAGGCAAAUAAAAGGAAUGAUAAA